AUGGCUCCAGAUGCGGAGGACUGUGAAGAGGUGGAGCGAUUAAAUGACUACGAAGAGGAACCAGUACACCAAGGUAGACGGAUUCUGCCUGAAGACCCACCACCAGUACAAGCCUGGACAGAAAACGAAGAAUUGGGACAAGGAGGUGAUAGUAGAACUAAUAGCCCCGGAGAAAAUAGGCGCCUACUUGGGCAUAAGCCCAUACACAAAUCUAACUCUCGGUUACAAGCUGGCUUAACCUUAGGGGUUUGGGGCAUACCUAAAUGGACUUCAAAAUCUGAAAAAUUAAGCGAUAAGCCAAAAGCGAAAACAAAGUUCCAGAAGCGAAAGGAGAAGAUAUUUGAAGCCCUAAAGCCUCCAUACUUCAUCAUCUCCAUGUUAUUUAUAAUUGUAAUGUUCCACUUACUGGGUCCGGAGUCUUGGCGCUUAAAGCUCGAGUGGUCUCCAGGACCGUGGUGGAAACAACCUUGGCGGAUGCUCACGUACGGCUUGGUCCACGCUGGUCCAGCCCAUCUAGCUCUCAACGCUCUGGUCGCUCUUGCUGUGGGUUGGUGCCUCGAACGGGAGCAGAGCUGGUCUCGUGUUGCCCUCAUCUGGGUAGGUGGCGUCGCCGCCGGCGCGUUGGGCGCGGGCGCCUUUCAGCCCAGAGUGAGGGUGGUGGGUGCGUCUGCUGCUGUUUACGCUCUACUCACUGCACAUGUUCCUAAUGUAUGCCUUAGAUUUGGUCAUAUUCCAUUAUGGUGGUUCAGGCCUCUCAGCGUGGUUGUACUGGGUGCUUCAGAAGGAUGUUGGGCGUUACUUCGAGAGCCUGACCCACAAGCAACAAACAAUCACGUAGCGUGGGCGGCGCACGUUCUGGGCGCUGCUGUAGGAAUACCCUUAGGCUUCGUAGCUUUUACUGGCGAAAACUCAUCAACACGUAUCAUCACAGUGUUACGCGUGUCUUCCUUCCUUCUCCUCGCCACCGGGAUUAUCGCCGCCACCAUCCACUAUAUGUUUUAUUAUGAAGCCGACGACUACACU